UAAGGAAUACUUUUCUGAGCCGUCAUGUUUUAUUACUCAAAAUUUUUUUCAGAAAUGUCAUACGAGGCUGAUAAUACAAAAGUUAUGGCGCACGUUUAUCGAAUUCACGAUUAACUGAAAAAACACUUAGUUGUGUUCUUUCCUAUCAUUUACCUAUCUACUAGAGUCAAUUUUCAACUAUGAGUCAAACUUGUUUAGGAUUUUAAAAAUGUCACACACUCGAGGCCAUCGAAAUUCAUCUUUACGAGGAAGAAUUUUGUUGCGUAUUAUGUCUCAUUUUUUGAAGUGAGUAAGUUCUGCUUUUCGGAUUUUAAAUUUUACCGUAACAAAAAAGUCAAUACCAUCAAUUUCGUUCAGUCGCGAUUUUUUGCAUAAUAUGUUUCAACCUGUCAUAAAUUUGAUAACUAUACGUUUAUCCGAAUUUGUCGAAAACUUGACGUAACUAUCAAGCAUAUUACUGCAUUAAACACUUAAAUGUAAUUACCAUUGCUGCAUUUCCCCUCUGAACAAUUUUUAUAGAUAAAAAAUAAGAGAGCUUCAAGUUGGAAUAUCACCCAGCAACAAACUACGUAUACAUUUUUUGGUCAUUUUUGAAGGUAAACAACUUUUAACAUGAGCUGGUUUUGUGGAUCUUCCUUUUGGGAUGAGAAAAAAAUUUGGUACACAAACAAUCCAGAUUUCAGUCUAUGUUUCGAGAAAAUUGUGCUUGGAUGGACUCCGUGCCUUUUUUUGUGGAUAGGAUUCCCUUUUGAAUGGUUAAAUUUACGAAAAAAGAAAUUGCAUAAUGGAAAAUACAGCACGUACAGUAAAAUUAAAUUGGGAGCAAUAGCCUUAAUCAUAUAUUUGGACGUUUUUGGGAUUUUGUUAAAUAUUUUCAAGAAUGAUGGCAAUGCACUCAAUGUAUAUUGGUUCACAGGAUUAUUCAUUACAUACGUUUUGUACUUUGGACUUUCUGUGAUGCACGUGAGAAAAAAAAUAGCAUCGCCUGGAAUAUCGUUUCUAUUUUCUCUUAUCUCAGUUCUCUGUGGGCUUCCUCAAUUGCGAACUGAGAUUCGUUUUAUGGAAUAUACAUCCUCAAAAUAUUCAAGCUGGGAAUCCUACUUAUACGCGGUGAUAUACGCGACUGUAAUUAUACUCUUUGUUUUAAAUUGUUUUGCUGACUCAACAUUAACAAAUAAGUAUGAAAAUCCAGAAGAACGAGCUUCAUUUGUAUCUAAAAGCUUGAUGAUUUGGAUGCACCCAUAUGUUUUACAAAAUUAUAAAAACAGAGACACGCUCGGAAAUCUUUGGAAUGUCGACUACCGUACCACUAUUCUGUAUAGUAUGCCUAUUUUUGAAAAAUAUUGGAAACGAAAAUCGAAAACGAUAGGAAAAAUACAAAACUACAUGUCUGAAAAAUCCACCGAGAAUGAUUCGACAUCGAAUAAUAUCUCACUCAGAGACGUAUUAAUGAGAAUAUCGAAACCGUUCCUCAAAAUGAUAAUAAUAGCGAAUUUGAUAGCAGCUUUAUUUCAGUCAAUUAAUAAUCAAGUUAUUAAUCCAAUGAUCACUUUUAUGCUAGGUGGCACUUUUGAAUGGCAUGGGUAUUAUUUCGCAAUUUUAUUACUUUUUUAUUCUGUCAUUGGUUCAAUUUUUUCGGUAAUAGCUCAUAAAAUAAUCUACAAGAUGAAACUUUGUCAAGACAUCUUUCUGCCUUCGAUUAUUUAUAGAAAAGCGUUACGUUUAUCGACGAAUGCUCAAAAAAUUUAUGACAAUAGCAAAAUAAUUGAUCUAAUAACCUCCGAAACUGAUUCCUUGACUAACAGAGCAGCUUUAAUUAGCAAACUAUUCAUGACAUGUUUGGUUGCUAUUUUUUGCAUGGUCUAUGUGGUAGAAAUUCUAGGAGUCAACACUAUAAUAUUACUAAUCGUAUUAGGUGUAUUAUUCAUUAUUGAAGAGAGUGCAUCUAAAAAAAUCAGUGAAAAUAUGCGUAUAAAAAGCUCCAUUAUGAGGAAGCGUUUAAAACUUACUCAAGAUGUUUUAAACGGAUAUAAAGUACUGAAAUUAUAUGCUUGGGAAGCUGCAUAUGAAAACGAAAUUUUAAAUUACAGAAACGCUGAAAUUAAACUUUUGGAAGAGAAUAAAAAAAUGGAGUCAAUGUUAGGAUCAUUAUGGUUUAGUUUCUCCAUCGUAGUUCUGCUGUGCCCAAUACUGUCAUUGCUUCUUCUGAAUGAACAAAAGGGUGUAACAAUUCAACAAAUUUUUCAUUUGAUUGGAUUAAUUAAUUCAUUGAACUCGUCGUGUUUAACUUUUCCCCAAAUAGUCAGCAGUAUUCAAAUGGUGAAAUAUUCUUUACGAAAAAUCAAUAACUUUUUAAACGCCGAAGAAAGAGAUAACGAAUAUUUUUCUGCAAAUAACGGUUAUGCUUUGAGUAUCGAGAAUGGAAACUUUUCAAGGUACAAAAAUGAAAAUAAGGAAAUUUUAAAAAACAUUAACAUUCAUAUUAGCAAAACCAAAUUAGUAGCGGUAAUAGGACCAUUGGGUAGUGGAAAGACAUCGUUAUUACUAGCUUUUCUGAAUGAACUGCAUAAGUCCUCAGGAACCAUAAACAAACAAGGUACCAUAGCCUAUGCUGACCAACAAGCGUGGAUAUUGAAUAAAACAGUGAAAGAUAAUAUCAUCAUGAAUAAGCCUUUCAUUGAAGAAUUUUAUAAUACAGUGAUAGAAGCUUGUGCUUUGAAACCAGAUAUAGAUUCAUUCAGUAAUGGGAGUCUCACUCUAAUUGGAGAAAAAGGAAUAAAUUUGAGUGGAGGUCAAAAACAAAGAAUCAGCUUAGCAAGAGCCGUCUACACUGAUGCAGAUAUCUAUUUAUUAGACGAUAUAUUCAGUGCCCUGGAUCUUUCCAGUGCUAGUCAUAUUUUUCAGAAUGUAAUCGGACCAGAUGGACUAUUAAAGCAAAAGACUCGAGUUAUUGUCACUCAUAAUACACAGUUUUUAUCACAGAUGGAUUUCAUAGUGAUGCUAAACAAUCAAACUAUUGUUAAAUCAGAUUCCUAUGCCAACUUAAAAGAUACUGAUGAAGAUUUUAUAAAAUUGAUGAAUAAAUUUUCCAAUAAAAUUCCAAUAAAGGAAAAUAUAGGUAAAAUAGAUGAUAUAAUGGAAAGUAAAGGUGCGAUUCCUAUCGAAAACUCUGAUAUAGAAAUAAGCAAUAUAUUCAUAAGGCCCAAAACUAAGUACAUUGACCUCAGAAACAAUUCAUCAACUCAGGUUGUUCUAAACGAAACGAUUUCAAAUAAUUUAGCAAAAUCAAAUGAAAUAGAAACCACUAUCACGAAACUCAGUUCAACAAAAAAAUUGAAAAAAGAAAAGGGGAUCAUAAUGGCGUACCGUGAUACUGUUCAUCGCGGUGAUUUACUGAUGUCUGCUUCAAUUGUAAUCAUGUGUAUUGUGUACCAUAUUUUUCGAAUAUUCAUAAAUCUCGCCUUGGCUUAUUGGAGUAUGAAAAUAAAUGAAAUUCACGCAACCAAUUUGCAGUAUUUGGAGAUCCUUAUCGCAUUGAUAAUCAUAAGUUUUGUAAUAUGCUUCAUUUAUCAAGCAAGCAUUGGUAGAAUAUCUUUCAAUAUUUCUCGACAUGCCCACGACAAAUUAUUAUCCACGUUUAUGAAAUGGCCAAUGGUUCUAUUCGAAGCUAUUCCCAGUAGUAGAAUCAUCAAUCGAGUUGGUUUAUAUUUAAGCAUCUUGGAUGAUCGUACAUCUUCAUAUGUAGCAGUGGUACUGAUUAAAAAAUCCCAGGUUUUUGUAACGCUUCUAUUCGCCGUCUAUGUCAAUCCUUUCUAUUUGAUAAUGGUUAUACUUUCAUUCAUCUUUGUAUACAUCACUGAGAAGCUGACCAAGAACCGAGUAACACGACUGGUUGAAGAAAUAUCAAAACAAACUUCAAUUAUUUCAGCUCAUACUUCCGAAACGUUGCUAGGUCUUACAAGCAUUCGUGCCAUGAAUUUACAGUCAUAUGCCACUCAAAAAAUGGAUGAAAUUGUACAACGGAAAGCAAUCUUGCAGAAUAAUCGUGAUCAAUAUCUGAUCUGGACAUUAUUCCAAAAAUUCAUGAUUUGGAUACUGCUUAGUUUUGUUGGUGUAUUGGCAGUGAUUUUUAAAAGACAAGAUCCCAUUGAAAUUACCGGAUUUGUAAUCACUUAUCUCCUAACGAUGCCAAAUGACUUUUACAUUUGCGAUAAAUUAAAAGUAGAAACAGACAAUUCGAUAAAUUCUCUUCGACGGAUAACCGAAUACAUUGAUACUCCUUGUGAAAAUCUUACAGAAAAAAAUACCAUUAGGCCAAGUUGGCCUGAAAAUGGAACAAUUGUAUUCAGAAAUUUAAAAGUUCGUUAUCGUCGAAGUGGAACUUUAAUAUUGAAAAAUCUCAAUUUUAGAGUCAAUUCCGGUGAAAAAGUUGGAGUUAUUGGACGAACCGGGGCUGGAAAAACCUCCUUGAUUUCUAGUAUUUUCAGAAUGACUGAAUUUGUCAACGGUUCCAUAGAAAUAGAUGAUGUAGAUAUCACAACAAUCGCUUUAUAUGACUUGAGAUCGAGAUUAACAGUGAUACCACAAGAUCCAGUAUUAUUUUCUGGAACAUUACGAUUAAAUUUAGAUCCACUGAAAGAACACUCCGAUGAAAAAUUAUGGGCUAUUUUACAACAAGCUCAUCUCAAGUCUUUUGUGAACAAUUUACCAAACAAAUUAGAUUACGUUAUUGGAGCUGGUGGAGAAAGUAUAAGUGUUGGCCAAAAGCAACUGAUUUGUUUAGCCCGAGCAUUAUUACGCAGAACAAAAAUACUAAUUUUGGACGAAGCCACUGCCUCAGUAGAUUUAGACACAGAUGCUUUAAUUCAAUCCACCAUACAGAGUGAAUUUAAACAUAGUACAGUAUUGACAAUUGCUCACAGAAUACAGACGGUGUUCAAUUAUGAUAAGAUUCUAGUCUUAGAUAACGGUUCAGUUAUGGAAUACGACACGCCUGAAAAUUUGAUUCAGAACGAAAAUUCAGUUUUCCACAAGCUGGCCUCUAUUGCUCAGUUGAUUUAAUCAAUUCAAUUCAAGAUAUCGAUUUCCUAUUCAAUUUUUCACACGAUAAAUUAAGUGUUUUUCGAUAAGAUUGAUGACAUUAUAUUAUCGCGAAAAAAUUACGAUUAAUAAAAAAUUUUCUGAGUAAUGAA